UUCUGUUAUAUGGGGAAGACUGAAAUAUGGCGGACGAUCAGGAAUCUCUCAGGUGUUGCGUCUGUCUGGAUUUCUUUAAAAAUCCAGUCAUAAUUCCCUGUGGACACCGUUUCUGUAAGGAUUGCAUUACAGGUUUGUGGGAUAAAGAUGUGUGCAGAUGUCCUCAGUGCAAACAAACUUUUCCCAACAAACCUGUUGUCACUGACUGGCUGCAGAUGAAGGAGCUUUCUGAGAAACUGAUGAAGAUGAGACCAAAGGAGGAGGAAGAUGAAGAUGCUGAAGCACAUGAAGCGAGCUGUGAUUCCUGCACCUCCAGAAGAACCAAAGCGGUGCAAUCCUGCCUCACCUGUGUCUCCUCAUUCUGCAGAAAUCACCUGGAGAAGCACAAUGAUCUGUUUGGAUGGAAGAAACAUCUGCUGACCGAAGCCACGGAUCUUCAGAGCAAAACCUGCUCUCUUCAUGGGAAACUGAUGGAUGUCUUCUGUCGCACUGAUCAGAAGUGUGUCUGUGUGCUGUGUGCUAUACAUGAACACAAGAAGCAUGACAGCAUCUCAGCUUCAGAGGAAAGAGCAGACAGACAGAUCAAGUUAAUGGAAACACGUGAGAAGUUUCAGCAGAACGUCCGAGACAGAGAGAAGGAUUUCAAAGAGCUAAAGCAGGCAGAAGACUCCAUCACAUGUUCAGCGCAGACGGCAGUCUCUGAAAGUGAGCGGAUCUUCAGUGAAGUGCUGUGCUCCGUUCAGAAAACAAGCGUCCGCGUGAAAGAACUGAUCACAGAGCGACAGAGAGAUGAACUCAGUCGCAUCGAAGGACUUCAGGAGAAAGUCCAGCAGAAGAUCUCUGAGCUCAGGAUGAAGGAGUCUGAGCUCGAUCAGUUCUUGACCACUGAAGACCACAUUCACUUCCUGCAGAAUUACCCAAAAUACAUAUCCGAAAAAUUUCAAGAUCUUUCCAACAUUACUGAAAAUCCAAAAGCCUAUUUUCGCAAUGUGGAGCUGCUGCUUUCUAAAAUGCAAGAGCGAUUGCUGGAGGUCACCAAAGAGACCGAGAUCAAGAUCAGAUAUGGAGAAGCUGUGCCUCCUAAAGCUGAUGCACCCGUCUCAUCUUCUUUUAUAGUGAUGUCAUCUCUGUUCAGUUAAAUAGUGUCUGUGCAUUUAUUUGCAAUCAAGUCAAAGAUAUCGCUGUAGAUGAAGUGACCCCAACUAAGCAAGCCAGAGGCGACAGUGGCAAGGAACCGAAACUCCAUCGGUGACAGAAUGGAAAAAAAAACCAUGUCAGAGAGUCUGUAAUUCUCCUCUGAUACGCCUGCCUCUCUUAAGUGUCAAUCAAUGCUGAUACCUUAAAGGUGUUGUCCUAGUAAUCGCUCAGUGUUAUAUUAAGUAUUAAAAGUAAAGUAUAAUUAUGUGCAGAGGUGUGAACUCUGAGUAUACAUUCGCUUGUGCAUCCUAAAUAAACUUUAAAGACUAUGAACUCA